AUGGCACAGAGCUUCCCCUCGCUCAACCACAUGCCUAGCGCGUUCCCUCUGCCGACAAUCGCAGAGGACACGCUGCAUUACACACUCCACAUUCCGGCCAACUUUCGCGCCACCACUACCACGACAACAAACAACACUGCCGAUGCCGCCGCGCCUCCACCAUCCUCAGUGGACGCGGCCGACGCUGCAGCGCUCGCAACGCUGAUAUCGACGCACGUCCACUCGCUUCUCCCGCAGCCGUGGCUGUGGAACAAGGACGGCUGGGAGCUGAAAGUGGUCAAUGGCAGCAAGUUGGAAGGGACGAUGCGCGUCGGCGACGCGGUAGACGACGAGUGGCUCGUGGUGUGGCUGUUGAGGCAGGUCUCCAUCUUGUGGCCGACACUAGUCAUUAGCAUCCGCGACUCUGACGGCGAGUUCCUGCUCAUUGAAGCGGCGCACGAGCUGCCCGACUGGGUCUCCCCCGAGAACGCAGACAACAGGCUGUGGCUCGCAGGCGGCCAUCUCCAUCUCCUGCCGUUGACGGUGCGCUCGAGUUCUGCUCGCCCGCACCAAGUCGCCGACGACGACUAUGAGGAGUCGGGCCGCACGCGCGGCGACGACGAUGCGUGGGUUAGCGAGCCGGAUGCGCUCAAGGCCGUCGAGACGGGCAAGUAUCGCGCAAGCGCAGGAAUGGAGGGUGCUGUAUGGGAGCGGAUAUCUUGCUACCCCGCGGCCCUGUCCACCCACCAGCACCACGCAAAGGCCUAUCUCCCCACCAAGGUUGCACGGGCGCUGAACGCGUCCCCGGAACUCAUCCAGCGUGCCGUCGAGGGCUUCUACGUGCGCGACCCGGCACAACUGAGAGCCGCGGCUCGCAUGACCCACUUUCCCCCCUCACCGGCCGUCCUCUCGUCUGUCCUCCUCACGCGCGCAGCGUACGCCCAGCUCCAGGGCCAGGUCUUCCACCCUCCAAGGGUGUUUGGCCCCGAAUGGCAUGUACGCGAUGAGGCCGGGAACGAGGGCGAGAUGAAGUGGCGCGACCUCGGUGUCAAGAUUGCCACGGGGUUUGAGAUCAUGUGUCGUGAAGGCGGUCGCAAGGGCCGUGUUGCGGACACCACCGCCGAACAGCUCGCCGCGGACCCCGAGUACACCAAGUACAUUGCCGACCUGGAGCGUGCCGGCUUCUUUGGCGACGAGAGGCAAGGCAGCGCCGAGUGGAAGAACCGCGAGCAGGAGGCUGCAAAGGGCUGGAUUGCCGCCCGUUCCUCCGAUACUGCCCAACAGCGCCCAUCCUUUGCCUACCUGGUCGACCACGCCGUCGAGCAGUCGGCGGCUGUCCCAGACUCGGACCUUGCCGUGUCCCCCGAUGCCCCGGAGGACAGCGACAAGUGGCUCGAGGUGGACCCGGACGAGCUCGAUGCCAUGCUGAUGCGCUCGGCGGGCACCGCCAAAGCCAAGGAAGCAGCCGAGUCUGCUCCUGGUGCGCCUGGUGCGCCUGUCGAGCUGGGCGACGAGCACGGCAAGGCGCUCCAGGACCUCGCGUCCAAGGUUGAGGAGUUUAUCGCUGGACAAGGCGACAUGCAAGGCGCCCGAUUUGCCGACGAACUGUCGGACGAAGACAUGGACUCGGACUCUGACGAUGACGACGACGACCAGCCGACCGAGGCUCAGAGGCAGGAGCGUAUGGCCAACCUCGUUCCUUCCCUCCCGGCCGAGGAAUGGGGCCGCAAGACUCAGACUCAGACCCAGCACACCGAAGCUCAGCAAGACAUCGAGAUGGAUGCCUCUCAGUCCGAGUCAAAGGCCGCCGCCCGCGGUACCGUCGCCGGCACGGCCUUUGGCGACUCGCUCCUGCCUCCCAAGAUGCGCCCGCCCGUGUUCGCCAAGGAAGAGUACGACGGCCAUGUCUCAAACUCUGACAGCGACGAGGACGACGAGGCCGACCUGCCCGUCAAGGGAUCGCUGGGACGGCGCAUUGCGCAGAUGAAGUGGGGCGAUGGCGCCAGCGACCCCCAGCCGCGCGAGGCGCACAUUGAGGAGAUUGACGACGAGGACGACGACGAGGGCGAUGAGGAGGACAAGGCCGACGCCGCACGCGCCAAGGAGCUCAAGUUUGACACGGACGAGAUUGACGAGCUCAUGCGCCAGCGUGUGUGGGGCGGAGACGCCAAGGACGACACCCCGAAGGCGGAGAGUGAGAGACAACAGGAAGGAGAGGGCAUGGACGAGGACGGGGACGCGGACGCGGACGGAGAAGGGGAUGGAGACGUGGACAUGGCCGACGAGGAAGAGGACUUUCUCAAGUUUUCCCGCGAGGCGCUGGGGAUCUCGGACGACAUGUGGGACAAGAUUAUCGCCAGCCGAAAGGAACGCGGCGCGUAUGUCCCCGAGCCCAAGAAGAAGAGCGAUGCGGGCGUGGCGGUGGCACCGGCAGCAGCGGCAUCGACCAAGCCAAAGGUGCAGUUCGCCGAGCCUGCUGCUGCUGCUCCCGCUGGCACUGCACCGGGACAGCCCAACAUGGCGCUCAACUCGUUCGAGAGCAUGAUGGCCGCCAUGGACGCCGAGCUCGCACGCGCAAAGGGCUCCAACGCCGCGGAGGCGCAGCCGUCCGCACCGCCCAAGGUCACGUUCAAGCCGCGCGACAAGGCCGCCACGGGUACUGGUACUGCUGCUGGCUCGACUUUGGCCUCGGCCUCGGCCUCAACCCAGCCCAAGUCCAAGUCCAAAAAGUCCAAAAAGUCCAAAACGUCCAAAACGUCCAAUUCCAAGAACACGGACAAGGGCAAGCCGCCCCUCGCGUCCCUCGCGUCCCUCCCGACCGAAGCGGACCUGGACGCGAUGGACGACGACGAGCUGGCGGCGAUGGACGCCGAGCUGCGCCAGGCGCUCGAGGGCCACGGCGUCGACUUUGACCUCGACGACGACGACGUGCCCGAGGCCGGCGAGCUGGACGACGACCAGCAGCGCGAGUACGCCAUGAUGCGCGACCUGCUCGAGAGCUUCAAGUCCCAAGGCGGCGAGAGCGGCGUGGUUGGAAACCUGUUUGGGCGGCUGGCUCAGCAGGGCGGAGGAGGAGGAGGAGGAGGUGGUGGUGGUGGUGGUCAGAAGUAG